AUGGUUCUAUUGGCCCUGGAUGGAAACUCAGGUACCUUAGAAAAAGAGAAGCAGAACUGCUGGGUGGACUAUAUGCAAGAAAUGGCCCAUAUUUAUAACAACUCAGCUCACAGUUCCACAGGAUAUGCUCCAUUCUUCUUGAUGUUUGGUCGACACGCCCUAUUACCUGCAGAUGUGGUAUUGGGAGCCCCAGAACCAACUGGGAGUACUACCCCCGAUGAGUGGAUUCAAAAACAUCAUGAGAAGCUGAUGUUUGCAUUUGGACAGACUGGUAAUUGGACGACAGGCAGGUUUUCAAUCAAGGACCAGGAUAAAAAGAAGAGAGCAUGGAGAGAGGAAGGGGAAGCAGCAACUGCAGAAGCAGUAACAGCAGGACGGGAACGAGGCGAGAGGCAGAAGGAACCACAGUGGCGGCAGCAGCAGCAGCAACGGGAUACACUGCAAUGGAGGCUGUGUGUAAAUGAUGCAAAUCCUAAACACAACGACAAGCUGAGAAAACCACAGCUGACGGGCAAAAGGAAGUGGAGUAACUCGGACCACGGGCUUCAGCCGGCAGAAGGGUUUCUUCUUGGGGGAAUUAAAACUGAAGCAAGAAACAGCAUCACAGAUUCCCAGAUGGAUGGAGUUCAGGUUGAGUACACCAUAGACAUACAAAAACAUAUUCCAUGUAGUACAGUUCACAGCUUUUAUAACUAUGUUGAAAUCAAUAAGGAAGUGCUGAAGAAAUUACUAUCCUGUCAUAAAGAGCAGAAUGUGAUUGGCUGGUACAGACAGAGGCGGAAUACAGAGCAGGUCAUGACCUUCCGAGAACGUCUGAUUCAUCAGAACCUACAAAAGUGCCUCUCCAAUCAGGAGCUGGUCUUCUUAUUGAUGACUUCCAGUGCCAUCACUGAGAGCAGCUCCACCCACAGCCUGGAAUAUGCAAUGUACAAACUUCAGGGAAGCUGUUUCCAUAAAGUCCCAGUUCUGGUGACGAACUUGGGGAUAGUAGACCAACAGGAUUACCACGCGUCUUCUAUAGCCUGUUCUUCUGUAGGUUACACACGGGUAGUAAAAAAGCUCAGGUCUAAAUACUUUAAUACAGAUGGGUCCUUGAAGGAGGUCUGUAGAAUAAAUGAAAUGAGUUCAGCACUGCAGGAGGAACUAAAGGAGACCUGCGGGAAGGUGGAGGAGAGUGAGCGAUCACUAGAGAAGCUUCUGGAUGAGGUAAACAAGCUGAGGAAGACAGUAAAGGAAAAAAAGAAGCUGUGCAUGCAAACGUUUGAAGAGAAGAAAUGCAAAAAACCAAAAACUGAUGAGAAUGUCCUCCUGUGCCAAGCCCUGCAGAAAUUAUUCCCUGAAACAAAGACACUUCAAACUCAAACCAUUUCACUUGAGGGAACCCCCUUACCUGCCUACACCUGCAGUGCAGAUCACGGAAUUGACAUUUCAGAGGUACUGCCUCUGCUACUCGCUGACAAGAAGGAGAAUUGUGAGAGUGACACUGAAAGGCAACUGGAUCAAAGCGGAUCAGAGACUGAGGAGGACCUGCUGGAUCCCCUGAAAAUACAGAUGGCUGUCUCACAUUCCCCAACCUUCUAAGGUUCUGCUGGAACGAGAUAAUAUGGGUGCUAUUCGCAAAUAAAUUAUUCUUGUGAGUUAUUUAAAUCAUGCUUUAUAUCAAAAACUAAAAACAAACUUAGAAAAAACAUUGUUUAAAGCUGAAAAAGACCUGUUAUAUGUGGCCAGGCACAUUUUCUUUUUAUGACCGCUCAUACAAUCAUCACUGUGUCGUCCAUUACUAAAAUCAAACAUGCACAUUUUUACAAAGCAACCUGAAACUUGGUAGAAAGUCAGAAAGAACCAAACUUCAGAUCCCUAUUGAAUAGUAGUUGGAUCACAAGUUUCUAAAUUGCACAAAUUUA